UGUCAUUUUACUUCAUUUCCAACGGACAAUGUUUAGCGAUCCAUUCCUUUGCUAAAGCAGCAAGGCUAACUACACUCUCGAUGUUCAUCAUUUUGGUUUCCUGGAUGGGAAAAAAAAUUAGUGUACAGAGGGUCAGAUUCAUUCAGAAUAUACCAAGACAGCGUUCUGUUGUUUCGGUCCCUGAAAAGGCGCUGGAUCAAUGGACUAGCCGUUGAUGAGCCCUUCCGCCGUUUCCAGGACGGUUUCCUUAGAUGAAGAAGCCUUGCUGUGCUGCUGGCUCCUGGUAGGACACCAAGCUGAAACACCAUAAACAAUCUCAUCUGCCGCCGAUUCGCGCACGACGUUCAAACCCGCGGGCUCCCUCCAAAUUUAUUCCGCGGAGACGAAACAGGCGGCGGCAGCUGCAUCUGCGCCCGCACGCCGACGACGCGGCACGCCAGCACCAGCCGCAUUGCCGCAAGUCGUCGUCGCCUUGCAUUAUUUUUUAUGUCCAGCACACCCAGAUCCCACCGCGGCCAAUGGCGAUCGAGUCAACUCCCGGGCCACAAACCCAGCCUCCCCCAGCCCGCCAUGCCAUCGUCACGCACGCCUCCCCCACCGCCGCGCGCUCGGCCCCAAUGCCAUGACCCCGCCGCUCCGCGGGCGCACCCCCGAUGCCGACGCGUCUCCCCCUCCUCGUCGCCGUCCUGCUCAUCCUCGGCGUCGCCCCGCUCCGGGGGCGAGGCGGCAAGGUCGCCACGGAGGUGCUCGCGCCGGACUUCUCGGCGUCGUACCUGCUCUUCAUCGACACCGUCGGCGUGUUCCUCGCGUCCCGGAGCGGCGCGUUCCACGCCGUGGUGCACAACCCGGGGGGCCAGCAGGAUCGGUUCUACCUCGCCGUGCUCCACGCGCCGUCCAAGACCUGCGUCUGGGUCGCCAACCGCGCCGCGCCCAUCACCGACCGCGCCGCGCCGCUGCAGCUCACGGCGGCCGGGCUCUCCGUCGAGGACCCCAACGGCACCGCCAUCUGGUCCACGCCGCCGCUCGGGGUGCCCGUCGCCGCGCUCCGGCUCGACGACCGCGGCAACCUCGCGCUGCUCGACGCCAGGAACGCCACGCUCUGGCAGUCGUUCGACCGCCCCACGGACACCAUCGUGUCGUCGCAGAGGCUCCCCGCCGGGGCGUUCCUGGCGUCCGCCGCGUCGGAGUCCGACCUGUCGGAGGGGGCCUACCAGCUCAACGUGACGGCGGCCGACGUGGUGCUCACGUGGAUGGGAUCCAUGUACUGGCGGCUCUCCAAUGACGGCAGCUCCACCAUGGACCGAGGUGGCACCGUCGCGUACAUGGCCGUGAACGGCACCGGGCUGUACCUCCUCGCGGCGGACGGCGGGGUCAUCAUCCAGGUUUCGUUGCCGGCGGCCGAGCUGCGAAUUGUUAAGCUUGGGUACGAUGGGAAGCUGCAGAUCUCAAGCUUCGCGUCGGCGAACUCGUCGACGGCGCCGAUGGACGGCGGGUUCGCGGCGCCGAGCGACGGGUGUGCUCUGCCACUCUCCUGUGGCCCGCUCGGGCUCUGCACGCCCAAGGGCUGCACGUGCCCACCCAUGUUCGCGGCGUCGCACGACGGCGGCUGCGCGCCGUCCGACGGCUCCGCUCCGCUCUCCGUCGCCUCGUGCGGCGGCGCUGGCGACGCUAGCAGCCUGCCGGUCUCGUAUCUCAGCCUUGGCAAUGGCGUCGCGUACUACGCCAACAAGCUCGCGCCGCCGACCUUGGCCGGAGACAACAUUUCUUCGUGCCAGGCUCUCUGCACCAGCAACUGCUCUUGCCUCGGUUACUUCUACGACGACUCCUCCUUGUCCUGCUACCUGGUGACGCACCAGCUCGGCUCCUUCAUGAGCGCAAACUCCAUCAAUGGCUCCGACUCCGACAAGCUCGGGUACAUCAAGGUCCAGAGCUUGCAGCAAUCGAGGUCAUCGGGCAGCUCUUCAAACAGCAACCUCAUCGCCAUACUCCUCCCAACAAUCGUCGCGUUCGUGCUCAUCGUCGUCAUUUGCGCCAUCGUAAUCACGUUGUGGCGUAAAGAAGGGCGGCGGCGCUCGUCGCGUUCCAGGGACCUGCAGCUCCGGCGGCAGCGCUCGCCGUCGGAUUCGGCGCACCUCGUGCGGGACAUCGACGACGACAGCGACGACAUCGUCAUCCCCGGCCUCCCGACCAGGUUCACGCACGACGAGAUCGAGGACAUGACCAACGGCUUCCGCAUCAAGAUCGGCGCCGGCGGGUUCGGCUCCGUGUACAAAGGCGAGCUCCCAGACGGCUCGCAGGUGGCCGUGAAGAAGAUCGAGGGCGUCGGGAUGCAGGGCAAGCGCGAGUUCUGCACCGAGAUCGCCGUCAUCGGUAACAUCCACCACAUCAACCUCGUGCGCCUCCGGGGCUUCUGCACCGAGGGCCAGCGCCGCCUCCUGGUCUACGAGUACAUGAACCGGGGCUCCCUCGACCGAUCGCUGUUCCGGCCUGCCGGCCCUCUGCUGGAGUGGAAGGAGAGGAUGGACGUCGCCGUCGGGGCGGCGAGGGGGCUCGCGUACCUCCACUUCGGGUGCGACCAGAGGAUCAUCCACUGCGACGUGAAGCCGGAGAACAUCCUGCUCGCGGACGGCGGCCAGGUGAAGAUCGCCGACUUCGGGCUCGCGAAGCUCCUCACGCCGGAGCAGUCGGGGCUCUUCACGACGAUGCGGGGCACCCGCGGGUACCUCGCGCCGGAGUGGCUCAGCAACGCCGCCAUCACCGACCGCACCGACGUGUACAGCUUCGGGAUGGUGCUCCUGGAGCUGGUGCGCGGCCGCAAGAACCGCAGCGAGCACGUUAGCGGCGGCGAGGCCUCCAACAACUCCUCGGGCAGCUCGUCGCGCGGCGCGAGGAGCGACUACUUCCCGCUGGCGGCGCUGGAGGGGCACGAGGCCGGGGAGUACGCGGAGCUGGCCGACCAGCGGCUGCAGGGGCGGGUGGUGGCCAAGGAGGUGGAGAGGGUGGUCAGGGUGGCGCUGUGCUGCCUCCACGAGGACCCGACCCUGCGGCCGAGCAUGGCCGUCGUGGCCGGGAUGCUCGAGGGCACCAUGGAGCUGCGGGAGCCGCGGGUGGACUUGCUCGGGUUCCUCCGGUUCUACGGCCGAGGGUUCUCUGGGCCGGUGGACGGCGGAGGCAGCGACAUGAACCUCAAGCAUAUGGGGGCGUCCCCCGGGGACCGAUCGGGGACGACGACGUUGACGACGAUGAGCGGGUGGCCAUCGUACAUGUCGUCGACUCAGCUCUCCGGGCCGAGAUAGCGAAAGAACGGGCGCGAAAUUGUUUGAUUCUAGAGUUAGAGUGUACAAUCCAUCACGAGUACUUAUGAUUUUGUUCCUUGAUAGAGAAGAACAGAGGAAUUUAUCUGUGUAUCUACGAGGUACCCUGCCGGUCCAUAU